UUUGUCCGAAUCAAUAAAACACAAGGCGUUAAAAUAGUUUGUUUGUUGUAUCAAGAUCGAAGGGACAAUCAUGUAGUUAGCGAUCAAUUUGGUAGUUGAAAGGGUAGUUUUAUUUUUUAUGUAGUUAAACAAAAGUGAGUACAAGACAACUGUUGAACAGACUAAUUAAAUUCAUAACAGUUUGUAUAGAAAGUUUCCAGUUUAAAAUUGGGCAGACAUUAACGCGUUGGUAUUUUGUGACCGAAAUGAUGUAGCUAUUAAAGACAAACCAAGUUAAAAUUUACCAGUCACUGCAUGCCCCAAGCUUUUAUAAAAACGUAGUCUAAUGCAAAAUUGGCCUCCUGUUGUUUGCUACUAACUGGAAACUUUUGUGGAGACUGGAGUUUAUGGUAGAAAUAAAUAAUAAAUAAAACUAAUAAUUAACAAUAAAAUCAUUUUACAUGUUAAGUUAUCAGGAAGAUCAUUUAUAUGGAUAAAAAACAACACAUGCUCAAAGAUGGAACUUUAUGUUACCAAAGACAUUACUGGAAAUAAGGCUUUGCGCCAGACCGGUAACCCUUGUUGACACCUUUUACCGGUUGCAACCAAUCAAUCAAUGAAAUCAUUGAUUUUUUUGGCUGGGGGUCUUCUGAUGAAAAUAAAACUCUGAUUUUUUUAUGUACAGAAAACAAAAAUUCACUGAUAUCUUGGUGUGCCAGCUUGGUGUUAGUUUCAGGAUUGCGUAUGCUUACGUUUCUGAAGUCUAGAUGUUUAGUUAUCAGAUGUUCAGUUAUCAGUUAUGGGAAUUACGUAUCACAAAGCAUAUGUCACAAAGUAUAUAAAUCUGAAGAAGUCACAGCACAAGACAAAUGGAUCUAUCAUUUCCAGAAAGGAGUUUAUUGCUUCAUUAAGAGGUGACCAAAAAGAACUUUUUGACACUGGAAUUAAAAAGAGCAAGCCGUUAAUUGCAAACGUGCCUACAGGUGAGUUAGCAUUAUGUAGAGAUGAUGUAACAGUGUUUCUUCAUGUUGAUAAAGAAAGUGAAUAUACUGAUAAAUUUACUGUUACUUGGUCUGACAACCCACUUGCGUUAGAGUUUAUUCAUGUUUAUAUAAUUGCUGCACUACCUAAGUGCGUUGAAAUUUGUUCUUUCAAUUCAAGACGUGUUGUACAAAGAAUAGAAGCUCCUAAUGCAACAACUAUUGUUGUUGGUGGUGUUGGUGUAGGUUCUUACUGCUAUAUUGCAUCACUGUCACAUAUAUGGAGACUGUGUCUAGAAGAUAUUAGAAAGCAAAUUGACCAGUUGAUUAAAGACGAAGAUUAUGAAAUGGCACUAAAACUUACUGAACUCAUGGAUGAAGGAGGUGAUAAGAAGAAAAUUAAAAUAAAGCAAAUUAAAAAGCUGCUUGGUUUUUCACAAUUCUGUCAAAGGCAGUUUGAAGAAGCUAUAAAACUAUUUUUCAGCAUUGAUGAAGAUCCUGUAUUUGUAAUGGGAUUAUUCCCAGAUUUGUUACCUGAAAUGUUUCGCAAACGUAUAAAAUAUCCAUCAACUCUUCCAUACCUCACUGAUGGAGAUUUAGAAAAAGGUUUAAAAGUUCUGAUUGGUUAUUUAACUGAAAUAAGGAGUAAUCUGACUAAGAACCGACAGCCAUUGAUCUUAAGCAGUCAGCAAUCUGAAAGAAGCGAAAUGUUUCCUUGUUUAAUUGACACCGUUUUACUUAAGUGCUACCUGCAAGUUAAUGAAAAUCUAAUAGCUCCUCUUUUACGUCUCAGUAAUCACUGUCACGUUGAAGAAUGCGAGCGCGUGCUAGAGAAAAAAAAAAAGUUUAACGAGCUUGUGCUUCUUUAUCAGAGCAAAAAUAAACAUGAGAAAGCUUUGGAUAUUCUUUUGGACCAAUCAAAAGCUUUGGAUAUUCUUUUGCACCAAUCAGAUAAUGAUUCAAGCCCUCUGAAAGGACCAAGCAGAACAAUAGAAUAUUUAAAAAAACUCGACCAAUCAAACUUAACUCUUAUUUUUAAAUAUUCGGUUUGGGUUUUAAAAAAGUAUCCAAACGAAGCUUUAACAAUAUUCACUAACGAUACACAAGAGAUUGAACAACUUCCACGUGAUUGUGUAUUAGAACAUUUAAAUAGGUAUGCACCAAACACUGUUACUAAGUAUUUAGAACAUAUUAUUUUUGAUUGGAAAGAAACAAAAUCCGAAUUUCAUAAUCGUCUAUUUAAUUGCUAUAAAGAGUCAAUUAUUUCUUUAAUACAAAGCAGUGACGAUCAAACUCCAGCUGGAAAAGAACCAGAAAAACUUGGAGAUUUACGUUCAAGACUUCAUUUUUUUCUGGAAUACUCUACGCAGUAUGACCCAUCAAAGCUUCUUCAGGAUUUUCCGCAGAAUAUUCUUUAUGAGGAACGUAUUUUUUUAUAUAAGAGAGAAAAAAGACAUGAAGAAGCUCUAGCUGUUUACAUAUAUAUUUUAAAAGAUCAUGAAACGGCGGAACAGUAUUGUCAUAAGAUAUUUUCUUCGGAUUGCGUUACAGAAUCUAAUAGAAAUGUUUAUUUAAGCUUAGUAAAAAUGUAUUUAAAACCAGAACAGGUACCUGCUUACAGUGCACCUGACUCUGUAUUUAGUGGUGUUAUUAUGAACCCGAAUCUACAAGCUGCUCUUGAUCUUUUACGCAAGCAUGCAACAAGAAUCCAAAUCAUUGAAGCGCUUAAACUUUUACCUUCUGACACUCAAAUCAAAGAUAUUUUGGAAUUCUUAAUAACCGCGUUAGGAGAUAAGUUACAAAACUAACACUCGGCAAAUUUAAGAAAAAAUCUCAAAAAUGCUGAUUGCUAGCAUAUAUCUCAACUAAUUUUUUAUUGCCAUAGCACUAAAUGUGAAAUCACUGAAGAACGUAACUGACUUUUCUGUCACCAAAGAAUUAAAAUAAGUGCAUAAAACUUUUCUUGAAAGAAUUGUUAUAUGCUUUAAAAUAAAAUUUAUAUUUGGAGAUUAUGCUUAUAAAAAAUAUAAAUUAUACA